GGCUCCUGAGAGGUGGGGUCGGUAUAAAGGGGUUGAGGUCACCGAGAAGGAGCGAAAGCGUGACGGGACCUGAGCUAAGGCACAGGAAACUCAAACCUCAAGUCCUCGUGCCAUUCCGCUUUCUCGCUCUCCUUCCCUGGGAUCCCGAACCUCCACCCUCCUUUUAGGCUCGCUGGCUCGUGACCAAGGAGCUCGAGCGCCGCCUCCGCCCCGAACGCAAACAGCUGUUCCCAGAGACGUCGCUGCCCUCAACUUUGCCAACUAGUCCUCACGCACUUUGACCAACGGAGCAACCCGGACCUGAGGGCUGGAAGCCGUUGGCGGAGUUAAAAAAGAAAGGUGAAACAGCUGGUUCGGGAACGGCGACUCGCUGGGCUUGUCUCAGAACUUUCCUGAGCCGGCGGACGGCCCCGCCCCUCCCCCGCGACGCCCGCGCGCUCGGGCUGGCUCUUCCCCUCGCUCGGGAGCGCGUGGGCAGCGGCUCGAGUGGUGUAGAGGCUGCGGCAGGAGCGGCGUCUGAGCGUAGAGAAGGCAGCAGCGGCGCUUACGCUCGUCAGGCCAAGAAGCUUGAGAGAAGAAAAAUUUCAGAAAAAUUGCUUCGGUUUGAGUAGGACAUCAGUGAAUGAAGAAAAACUGAAGCACUUUUCCUAAAGAAAACCUAGGUAUACAGUAACUUCACAGACUUAGCUGAAGGUUUUUACCCAAAUUGGCCACUGGACUCUGCUGUCUUGAUACUUGAACGAACUAUUUGGAAUUUUUCUCAUGUGGAUCUAAGGGGAAUGCUUUAUUAUGGCUGCUGUUGUCCAACAGAACGACCUAGUAUUUGAAUUUGCUAGUAACGUCAUGGAGGAUGAACAACAGCUUGGUGAUCCAGCUAUUUUUCCUGCCGUAAUUGUGGAACAUGUUCCUGGUGCUGAUAUUCUCAAUAGUUAUGCUGGUCUAGCCUGUGUGGAAGAGCCCAAUGAUAUGAUUACUGAGAGCUCACUGGAUGUCGCUGAGGAAGAAAUCAUAGAUGAUGAUGAUGAUGACAUCACUCUCACAGUUGAAGCUUCUUGUCAUGAUGGGGAUGAAACAAUUGAAACUAUUGAGGCUGCUGAGGCACUCCUCAAUAUGGACUCUCCAGGCCCUAUGCUGGAUGAAAAGCGAAUAAAUAAUAAUAUAUUUAGUUCAUCUGAAGAUGAUAUUGUUGUUGCCCCAAUCACCCAUGUGUCCGUCACAUUAGAUGGGAUUCCUGAAGUGGUGGAAACUCAGCAGGUGCAAGAGACAUAUGCAGACUCACCAGGAGCCUCUUCACCAGAACAACCUAAGAGAAAGAAAGGGAGAAAAACUAAACCACCACGACCAGAUUCCCCAGCCACUACACCAAACAUAUCUGUGAAGAAGAAAAACAAAGAUGGGAAGGGAAACACAAUUUAUCUUUGGGAGUUUUUACUGGCACUGCUCCAGGAUAAAGCUACCUGUCCUAAAUAUAUCAAAUGGACCCAGAGAGAAAAAGGCAUUUUUAAAUUGGUAGAUUCUAAAGCAGUAUCCAGGUUGUGGGGAAAGCACAAAAACAAACCUGAUAUGAAUUAUGAGACCAUGGGAAGAGCACUCAGGUACUAUUACCAAAGAGGUAUUCUGGCAAAAGUGGAAGGUCAGCGCUUGGUCUAUCAGUUUAAAGAUAUGCCAAAAGAUCUUAUCUAUAUAGAUGAUGAGGAUCCAGGUUCCAGCAUAGAAUCUUCGGAUCCAUCAUUAUCUUCAACAACCACUUCAAGUAGGAAUCAAGCAAGCCGAUCGAGAGUAUCAAGUCCAGGGAUAAGAGGAGCAACCACUACAGUUCUAAAACCAGGGAAUUCUAAAGCUACAAAACCCAAAGAUCCUGUGGAAGUUACACAGCCAUCAGAAGUUUUGAGGACAAUGCAGCCCCCACAGUCUCCAUAUCCUACCCAGCUCUUCCGGACUGUUCAUGUAGUACAGCCAGUACAAGCUGUCCCAGAAGAAGCAACUAUAACCAGUAGUAUGCAGGAUGACACAUUAAGUUCUUCUGUUCAGAGUAUUAGGACUAUACAGGCUCCCACCCAAGUUCCAGUGGUCGUGUCUCCUGGGAAUCAGCAGUUGCAUACUGUAACACUCCAGACAGUGCCACUCACAACGGUUAUAGCCAGCACAGAUCCAUCAUCAGGGGCUGGAUCUCAGAAGUUUAUUUUACAAGCCAUUCCAUCAUCACAGCCCAUGACAGUACUGAAAGAAAAUGUCAUGCUACAGUCACAGAAGCCAGGCUCUCCUCCUUCCAUUGUCUUUAGCCCUGCUCACGUACAGCAGGUUCUUACUAGCAAUGUUCAGUCCAUUUGCAAUGGAACCGUCAGUAUGGCUUCAUCUCCAUCCUUCAGUGCUACUACACCUAUGGUGACCUUUUCUCCUCGAAGUUCACAACUGGUUGCUCACCCACCUGGCACUGUAAUCACUUCAGUUAUCAAAGCUCAAGAAACAAAAACUCUUACACAGGAAGGAGAGAAAAAGGAGGUUGAAGAUCAUUUGAAAGAAGAUACUGAGAAAACUGAGCAACCGCCACAGCCUUAUGUGAUGGUGGUAUCCAGUUCCAAUGGAUUUACCUCUCAGGUAGCUAUGAAACAAAAUGAACUGCUGGAACGCAACUCUUUUUAAUUAACAUGCCAGAGCACUUAUGGAUGAUUAUUUUUUAAUUGAACAUUUUCAGCUGUAUGCAAACUAGCUGAUUGAUUGUAAGGUAAAUUCUACAGAGGUUCCUAAUUUUGUAAUUGUUAAAAAUAAUUUAGAGUUAAUUUUGACUUUGUUAGAUUAGGGAGGAAAACCCAAGUGUUUCUCUUUGUUUUCCAAAUGUUUUAGAAUUCAAUUGUGAAGGAACAUGCAUUUUAUACUAUGAAGACAUUCUUUUGAGUUUUUUUUUCCAGUU